CGCGGGCAGAGCGAGGCGUCCUCUCUCGGGGAUGAAAGGGUAAAGUCAGGGACAAAAUGGAGGAACUGAAGCUGGCGGCUAACCGCAUUCUCUUGCUUCUGUGUGAGUUGCCUAAGCCUGCAAACUAUGUGCUGUCUUGUGAGAAUAAGGAAGAACGGAAAGUCCCCAACCCUUAUCCUGUUAGGACAUACCAAGGUCUCACUGCCACCCCCCCCCCCCCCCCCCCGCUUGCUUAAGCUGAUAAGAAGAAACUGCCCUUGCUACCCCCAUGCCAGACCCUUACCCAGUAACCAUAGUAACCAUUAACAUAUCCAAUAGAACUUUAACACGACUAGAUAUGCUAAUGCUGUGGUUUUGAGCUUUAAGUAUCCAGUAAAGCGGAUAUUCGGGCCGCUCUCUCUUUCUGCACCUCACUAGAAGGUGCUACUGAAACGGCCCAUUUCCAAAUGAAAUAAACUUCCUCUUGCCUUUGCAGCGAUUGGAGUGGAGUCUGUUUCUGGGGUUCGGUUUGUGGGACGCCCGCUUGAGACCCCAGACCCACUCUCCAUCUCCCAAUCGGAGGUAAGUUUUGCUUUCUGUGAUUUUGUAGAUUUCUGUUUAUUGUUUGGGCGCCAAAGGAGUAAGGAGCCAGGAGUAGGAAGGCUCAGCCCUCGGGGACGCUCCAGCGGUGAAGUGGGAAGAAGGGAAGGACUUUGUCUCCCUCCUUCCCCGGGAAAGGCUGAUCAGGCAGCCGACCCCAUCUGAAGUUUUGGUUUCAGUUUUAUCUCGUUUUGUUGUUGCGCGCAGUCUUUGUGUGUCUUGUGAUUGUCUUUUGUGUCACAAUUUACCUGCCUUUUAUCCUCAGUAUGGGACAGGGACUAACCACACCUCUGAGCCUCACAUUAGAUCACUGGAAGGAGGUCCGAGAGCGGGCCCAGAACUUGUCUGUGGAGGUGCGGAAGAAAAAUUGGACAGUCUUCUGCACCUCCGACUGGCCAGCCUUCAAUGUCGGGUGGCCAUGGGAUGGAACUUUUGACUCUUCUGUUAUCUUGCAGGUGAAGAGCCAGGUCUGCAAAGAAGGAAAAGAGGGGCACCCGGACCAGGUGCCCUAUAUCUUCGUGUGGGAGGACCUGGCGCAGAACCCCCCAAAAUGGGUGAAACCUUUCCUUUUCACUGGCAGAAUUCGGACGGAGUCGAGUCCCAAACCCGCCCAGCCUUCGUCCUCAACACCCCUGUUGCCGACGCCGGCGGACCAGGAGAAACCUCCCUUAGCCAGCCCCACCUCGAAUCUUUACCCCUUGGAGGAGUUAGAUUCUUCUAAACCUAAGAAAACCCCUGUCCUUUUGGGUGGACAGGAGGGUCUUUUGCUUUUUGACACCCCACCGCCUUACGCACCCCUCCCGAGAGAACCCCCGGCACCUUCCCCGGAUUCCACGCAGAGAGAGAGAGAGGAGGAUCCCCCGGACCCGCAGGCCUUGACAGGACUAAUCGAAUCUAUUCUUUUAACCCACCAACCGACUUGGGAGGACUGCCAGCAGCUCCUGCAGGCUCUCCUGACCACGGAGGAGAGACAGCGAGUUCUCAUGGAGGCUCGGAAAAAUGUUCCGGGGGACAACGGUCAACCCACCCAACUGCCAAAUGAGAUUGACGCAGCAUUCCCGUUGACCAGACCAGAUUGGGAUUUCAGCACGGCAGCCGGUAGGGAACGACUUCGUCUCUAUCGCCAGAUUCUUCUGACAGGUCUCAGAGGGGCAGGGAGACGCCCCACCAAUUUGGCUAAGGUACGUGCCAUAACCCAAGGUAAUGAAGAAACCCCGGCAGGGUUUCUGGAGAGGUUAAUGGAGGGAUACCGGAUGUACACCCCGUUUGACCCCCAGGCCCCUGACCGACAAUCGGAUGUAAUAAUGUCUUUCAUCGGCCAAUCGGCCCCAGACAUCCGAACGCGGCUGCAAAGGCUGGAGGGCCUACAGGGCUAUACAUUACAGGACCUCCUAAAAGAAGCAGAGAGGAUUUUUAAUAAGAGAGAAACUAAGGAGGAAAAAGAGGAAAGAAUGCGUAAGGAACAGGAUCAGAGAGAUAAAGAGAAAAAUGAGGAAUUAGCUAAAAUCUUGGUCACCGCAGUGAGCAAAUCAAACAGACAAGACAGGUCAGGUUAUGGUAGAGGUCAGACAGGGAAAUACCCGGGAGACAAUAAUAGACCGCGGAUAGGACGAGACCAGUGUGUGUACUGCAAGGAGAAAGGACACUGGGCCAGGGACUGUCCAAACAAAAAUAUUGGCCCCCUUAGCUCAAAAACCUCAUUUGUCCAGGGAGCGACCGGAGGAAAGAUGUACCGAUGGACCACAGAACGCCAGGUAGACUUGGCCACCGGCCGGGUCACCCACUCGUUUCUCCUAGUACCAGACUGUCCAUACCCCUUACUAGGGAGAGACCUGCUAUCCAAAGUGGGAGCCCAGAUCCACUUCCAGAAGGAGGGGGCCUCAGUAGCAGACCCUAGGGGACGUCUUCUACAAGUAUUGACUCUUCAAUUGGAAGAUGAACAUCGUCUAUACGAUAAGAAGGAAAUAGAGGCCCCGCUAGCCCCUGAGUGGAUAGAGAAAUUUCCGGGUUCCUGGGCAGAGACUGGAGGAAUAGGAUUGGCAGUUCAGCAGCCACCCAUAAUGGUAAAUGUAAAGUCCACGGCUGAACCCAUAUCUGUACAGCAGUACCCUAUGACCAAGGAAGCAAAGGAUGGGAUUCGGCCCCACAUUAAGAGACUGUUGGACUUGGGGAUAUUAAAGCCUUGCCAAUCCCCCUGGAACACACCCCUACUGCCGGUAUGGAAACCAGGCACCAAUGACUUCCGACCCGUGCAGGACUUACGCGAGGUGAAUCGUCGGGUUGAAGACAUUCACCCGACAGUGCCAAACCCGUACAACUUGCUAAGUACCUUGCCCCCGUCGCGCACUUGGUAUACGGUGUUAGAUUUGAAAGAUGCUUUCUUUUGUCUGAGGUUGAGCCCCCAGAGCCAACCCUUGUUUGCCUUCGAGUGGAAGGACCCGGAGACUGGAUUUUCAGGGCAAUUGACUUGGACAAGACUUCCUCAAGGAUUUAAGAAUUCGCCCACACUAUUUGAUGAGGCCUUACAUCACGACUUGGCCAGUUUCAGGGUGAGUAACCCUCAAUGGACUCUCUUGCAGUACGUGGAUGACUUACUGCUGGCAGCAGAAACCGAAGCAGACUGUAAACGAGGUACGGAAUCCCUGCUCCAGAGGCUAGGUGAGCUGGGAUAUCGCGCCUCUGCUAAAAAGGCCCAACUAUGUGCCCAACAGGUAGUCUACCUGGGCUAUAAGUUGGAAGGGGGCAGAAGGUGGCUAACGGAGGGGCGUAAGCAGGCAGUGGCUCUUAUACCCCCACCUAAAAACCCACGCCAGUUGAGGGAGUUCUUGGGGAGUGCCGGUUUCUGUCGCCUAUGGAUUCCGGGGUUCGCGGAGAUUGCGGCCUCCCUAUAUCCCCUCACGAGAACCAACUCCCCGUACGUGUGGGGAGAGGAACAACAGCUAGCCUUUGAUAAAUUAAAAAAGGCCCUGCUGGAAGCCCCCGCGCUAAGCCUACCUGACCCCAACAAGCCGUUUACCCUCUACAUAGACGAAAAAGGGGGAAUUGCAAAGGGAGUUCUGACUCAAAAACUGGGGCCCUGGAAAAGGCCGGUGGCCUAUUUUUCAAAGAAACUGGACAGUGUUGCUUCUGGAUGGCCACCAUGCCUGCGCAUGAUAGCGGCGGUGGCUACCGCGGUGAAAGACUCCGACAAACUGACUAUGGGACAGCCGCUGACCAUAGUGACGUCUCAUGCCAUCGAGACGAUCAUACGCCAGCCGCCCGAUCGAUGGUUGUCAAAUGCCAGAAUCACUCACUACCAGGCGAUGUUGCUCAACCCCGAGCGCAUCCGGUUUGGAACGACGGCCUCCCUCAACCCUGCCACUCUGCUGCCGGAACCAGGAAACCAGACGCAGGUCAGCCACAACUGCCAGCAGGUGUUGGCCGAAGUCCAUGGGACCCGCGAGGACUUAACAGACCAGCCCCUGCCAGACGCGGAACACACUUGGUAUACGGACGGCAGUAGCUUCCUCCAUCAAGGUGAGAGGAGGGCGGGGGCGGCGGUGGUCGACGGGAAGGCCGUUGUCUGGGCCUCUGCCUUGCCACCAGGCACUUCAGCACAGAAAGCUGAGUUGGUCGCGCUAACUCAGGCCCUAAGACAGGCAAAAGGGAAGAGGGUGAACAUUUAUACGGACAGUCGGUACGCCUUUGCCACGGCACAUGUGCAUGGUGAAAUAUAUAAAAGAAGGGGACUGUUGACUUCCGGAGGCAGAGAAAUCAAAAAUAAACAGGAGAUCCUAGACCUCCUACAGGCCCUCUUCCUGCCAAAGAAGGUGAGCAUCAUGCAUUGCCCAGGUCACCAGAGAGGAGAGGACCCGGUGGCACAGGGUAACCGGAUGGCGGACGAGGUGGCCAGGACUAGCGCCCUGGGUAGCAGCGUGUUGACUAUCGACACUCAGGAUUCCCCCAGCCAGGGACAGGAAUGGACUUAUACAGAACAGGAUGUGGCAGCCAUACAAAAGCUAGGGGGAACAUAUGAUGAGGCCACUAAAAAUUGGAAAAUACAGGACAAGAUUGUGUUGCCCAGAAAAGAAACUAGGAGACUAGUGCAAGACCUACACAGAUGGACACACUUAGGGUAUAAGAAACUAAAAGCCUUGCUGGACAGGGAGGAGACUUCUCAUUUUUUAUUGGAACUGGAUACAGCGGUAAAACAAACCGUAGAGGCCUGCAUCCCAUGCGCCAAGGUGAAUCCCAGAUGUUCUAAAAUACCUGAAGGAGUACGGAUACGGGGAGAUAGGCCUGGAGUCAAUUGGGAGGUAGAUUUCACCGAGGUCCGCCCAAGCAAAUAUGGAAUGAAGUACCUUCUAGUGUUCGUAGACACCUUUUCCGGUUGGCCUGAAGCAUUCCCAGUGAAGAAGGAGACGGCACAAGUCGUGGUUAAGAAACUAUUAGAAGAAAUCUUCCCACGGUUCGGCCUACCUAAGGUAUUGGGGUCGGACAACGGGCCCGCCUUCGUCUCCCGGGUAAGUCAGCUGGUGGCCAAGGUGCUGGGGAUUGAUUGGAAAUUGCAUUGUGCAUAUAGACCCCAGAGUUCAGGCCAGGUAAAACGUAUGAACAGGACAAUUAAAGAGACCUUGACUAAAUUAAUAAUGGAGACUGGCACUAGAGACUGGGUCGCAUUGCUGCCGAUGGCUUUGUUUAGGGCCCGUAACACACCUUCUGUAUAUGGACUAACACCCUAUGAAAUAUUGUAUGGAGGCCCCCCACCCGCGGUGGAUCUGUUAGGACCCAGUGUUGACUCUUUUGCAACAUCCCCUGCCCUGCAGACCCGCUUCCGUGCCUUGCAGCUAAUUCACGAGCACGUAGGGAAGCAGCUGGCUGCCGCAUAUCAGUCCAAGUGUCCGGUGCUUCCGCACUCGUUCCAGAUCGGGGACGCCGUCUACGUCCGCAGGCACCAGACCAGGACUCUUGAGCCGCGCUGGAAAGGACCUUAUAUGGUACUGCUGACCACACCAACGGCGGUAAAGGUGGACGGCAUCGCCGCCUGGAUCCACGUGUCACACGUCAAGAAGGCAGUAGCUGAGCGGAAUCAAGAGACCGACACUCCUACCAGCGAGCCAGCGCCGGAAUGGAAGUUACAACGCACUCAAAACCCCCUCAAGAUAACACUCUUAAAAUCUGCUUAACCCUGCUGUGUACAACCCUAAUACCUUGUAGUUUGGCCCAUAACCCCCCACACGCCCCAGACUUUAACGUGGCAGGUAAUAUCAGCCACCGGGGACGAGGUAUGGAAUAUAAGCACCACUGCCCCGCUGGGCUCCUGGUGGCCUUCCCUACGCCCUGAUGUGUGCCAGCUGGCUGCUGGGUUAGAUACCUGGGAUUUGCCUGACCUAGACUCCCCGAGUAGGGUUCCCUUAGGAAAUACUCCACCGAACGGAGAACAGGCCCGCUACGGGUGUGCAGACAGACGAAGACGGUGUCUUCUUCGUCAGGAAGAAUUUUAUGUAUGUUCCAGACAUGGUCGUAGCCGGGCCCAGACCAGACGGAAAGUCCCCAACCCUUAUCCUGUUAGGACAUACCAAGGUCUCACUGCCACCCCCCCCUGCUUGCUUAAGCUGAUAAGAAGAAACUGCCCUUGCUACCCCCAUCCCAAACCCUUACCCAGUAACCAUAGUAACCUUUAACAUAUCCAAUAGAACUUUAACACGUCUAAAUAUGCUAAUGCUGUGGUUUUGAGCUUUAAGUAUCCAGUAAAGCGGAAUGGAUGUUCGGGCCGCUCUCUCUUUCUGCACCUCACUAGAGGGUGCUACUGAAACGGCCCAUUUGCAAAUGAAAUAAACUUCCUCUUGCCUUUGCA